AUGCGCACUUUAAAAUCUUUGAUACUUCUCGUGAUAGUCGUUUUGACAACUAUUACCAAUAUUUCAUUUGCUCAAAAUGCUUCGGAUUAUUUAGUCACUUCAUUGCCUGGUAUUCCUCAAAAUUCUAAUUAUUCAACUUAUGCCGGUUACAUAAAUACAUUAUAUGGAACAUCAAAUUCUUCUAUUUUCUUUUGGCUUAUAAGAAAUCAAUUUACUGCUGAUAAACAAAGGCUUAUUAUUUGGCUUAAUGAUCCAGGAUGUUUGAGUGGUUUAUUUCUUGAAAUUGGGCCAUGGAGAUUAACUAAUAAUCAAACAUUGACAUCAGAUACUGAUUCAUGGAAUCAAUAUGCUAAUUUGUUAUUUGUUGAUCAACCUGUUGGAUCUGGAUUUAGUUUUACCUUUAAUUCUAGUAAUUAUUUGAGAAAUUUUACUUCAGAAUCAACCGGAUUUUUAUCAUUUCUUGACGCAUUUAUUACUAUCUUUCCAGAAUUUGCCCAAGAAGAAAUGUAUAUAGCAGGGGGAAAUUAUGCAGGAACACUUAUAAGCUAUGUAGCCAGUGCUAUAUUGGCACGCAAUAAUCAAACAAGUACACCUACUAAUUUAAAGUAUAAUUUACAAGGCAUCGCAAUCGGAAAUGGAUGGAUUGAUCCUUUGACACAGUAUAGGUCUCAAUACAUCUAUGCAGUUAGUAAUAAUCUCAUAAGUGGAAUUUAUCAGCUGCUUAUUGAAAAACAACUAGAAUUAUGUUUAGAAGAUUUAAGAAACAGUACAACAGUACGUGUUGGAUCUUGUGAACAGACGUUUGGACUUAUUGUUAACAGCACUGAAAUUGGAGAUGGAAAUAACGCGACUUGUAUAAAUAAGUUUGAUAUUAGAGAUCAUACUAGUAGAUUUCCUGCAUGUGGAGAUGAUUGGCCUUAUACUCUUCCUACUCUUCAAACAUAUUUAAAUCGACAAGAUGUAAUCACAGCAAUUCAUGCCAAUGUCACAAACGUAACCUGGAGUGGGUGUAAUGCGCCUGUAACUAACCUUUUGUAUAAUGAUGAUCAAUCCGGACCUGCAUUUAAUUUACUUCCUGAUAUUUUAAGACAAACAAAAGUUCUAAUAUAUGAGAAAUGGAGACCAAGAUUUAAUUUGCAAUGUAAAUGGAUCUGCAUCUUGGAUUAG